UUUAACAAGAAUCACGUGAACUCUGAUGAUCACGUCACCGGCUCUAUUUAGCAUAUCGAGGGAUUCCCACCCCCGUUGAAGUACCAGAGAAGUCGGCGAGUCUCUCUGUGCUCCGGUCGAUUAAAAUGUAUAUUCGGCGUACAAACGGCGCGAUCUCACCAUCGGAAUAUCAAAUGGAACUGGUGUAUGAGUAUGGUAUUACUCCAUGUCUAUCGACCAUGUAGUUUCCGCCAUCAAUAAUUUACGAUCUGCUGAAGAGAGAAGUCGUUUCUGCCGAAAGAACCGAAGGGGCAGGAGAGUGCGAAUAAUUUCCAAAUGAAAGUCUGUUGAUGCUUUUUCAUACCCUGACACUAAACGUCCCACCAAGUGAGGGGAGUGAUGAACAUCCUGUUCCUUACUAUGGUUAUCUCAUACUUCGGUUGCCUGAAAGCUGCCCCAAUGAAAGAAGCUGGAGGCCGAGAUCAUGUCGCCUCGCUCUAUUCCGGGACACUGGACGGUCUGGGUGGCGGAGGAAGGGGAGCGGACGUCUCUCCCCGUGGACUAGGAGUUUUGGCCAACACGGUAGAACAUGUGCUGGAAGAACUCUUGGAGGAGGAGCCCGAGACCCAGCCGAACGACGGCGGGGGAGGAGGAGGAGGAGGCAAAGACGUGGAUUUGUACUCGUCCCGGGUGAUGCUGAGCGGCCAAGUGCCUUUGGAGCCCCCUUUGCUCUUUCUGAUGGAGGAGUACAGGAACUACUUGGAGGCGGCCAAUAUGUCAGCGAGGGUUAGACGCCACUCGGACCCGGGCAGACGGGGCGAGCUCAGCGUCUGUGACAGUAUUAGUCAGUGGGUGACGGCCGACAAGAAAAAGACAGCCGUAGACAUGUCGGGCCAGACGGUCAGCGUCCUAGAGAAGAUCCUCGUCCAGAACGGCCAACUCAAGCAGUACUUUUACGAGACCAAAUGCAACCCCAAAGGUUUCACCAAUGAAGGCUGCAGAGGGAUAGACAAGAAGCAUUGGAACUCACAGUGCAGAACCAGCCAAUCUUACGUGCGAGCCCUCACCAUGGAUAGUAGGAAGAAAAUUGGGUGGAGAUUUAUAAGGAUAGACACGUCGUGUGUAUGUACAUUAACCUUUAAGAGGGGAAGAUAGUGAAUUGGUGUAUAUAGAUUUUAUUGAGAAGUAAUCUAUUUGUAUAUAUUACAUACAGGGUAAAUUAUUCCGUCGAAAUGAUACAGAAAAUUUUAUGGACUGCAUGUAUAAAUGAAGUUUAUACAGUAAAAAAGUGGUUUUACGGUCUAUUUAUUGAACAUAUCCAUGACCCGAGGAGGGGGGAAGAGAGACAUCCAUAUUGCGCACAACAAAACAAUAAGCCUGUGUUACAUUCCUCAGAAUAUCGUGGUUUGUUGAGUGACGUUGCCAAGACAUGAAACGAAAGUAAAAAAAAUAAUACGUAUUGCAUGCUGCUUCCGUUGUUCGAUACGAAUCUGUCCAUUGGAAAGUUCAAGAUACAUUCCGUUUACAUUAGCCAGUAAGUGGUUAUAUUUCUUAUUAGUAUUAUCUUUGUUGACUGCUUUACCUUCUACCGAUAGCGUUGGAAUUAAAAAGUCAAGGUGCUGUCUUCGAUCUUUAUCAGUUUUUUUUUAUUCCCUUGGGAUUUAAAUUAACAGGUUUAAUUCUUGCUGUACGAUGCACCAUUCCAGACUGAAACUGGGUUGUUGACCAUUCGUUUUUAUUUCAUUGUUUUAAAAUCGGACAUGCAGGAGAAGGACCAUUGAUGGACCGGCGUGUUUACGUCGAUUCAUUCGCCAUCCAUGCAAAUAAAGUUGGGAGACCACAAAGGCCAGGGCAAAAGUCAUCUGAAUUUCACUGGUUGAAUGCGUUAUACAUAUUGCCUCUAUUGUGUAUUAGUAAUAAACGUGUGGAAGU